AUGUCGGAGGAGGUGGUCAUCCCUGAUGAUAUAAUUGAGGAAAUACUGGUUAGAUUGGAUUUGAAAGAUCUCGUCGUCCACUGCAACAGAAUCUGUAAGUCAUGGCGUUCUUUGGUUUCCGGUUCUCGUUUCGCUGUUUCCCAUUUUACUAAACAUAGCAAUACUAAUAGUAACAAUACUAAUAAGAGGUGGAGGAUCUGUAUCAUUGAGGAUUGUUUGCGAAAGCAUCUUAUUGGUUCUUCCAAUGGCCUUGUAUGCAUCUUUACUCCCAAUGCUCAAAUUAUAGUAGCUAAUCCCUUAACUGGAGAGGUCAAAAAACUCGAAAAUACUGAUGAUGAAUUACGAGUUAUUUGCAACAACCAGUGGUUUUGGCUACCCUCAGAUGAUUACAAGGUCAUUUUAGGGAGAUCAAAUAAAAAUGCAGAUUUGACGUGUUUUCAUGUGCUUUCUUUGAAAUCAAAUGCAUGGAAAUUUGUUGGAGACGUAAAAUGUAGCUUCGUUCGUAUGGUUCCUUAUAAAGCAAAAGAUGAUUCUGGUAUCCUAUGCAAUGGGGCACUCCACUGGUUUGUGUUACAUCAACAUAAGAACCCGGCGAUUUUUUCUUUUGAUUUAUCCACAGAGGAAUUUAAAGAAAUCCCCCAACCUGAUGAUACAAGUUAUGAGAAGCAUAUAUAUUGCUUUUACUCCACUGGUUUUUGGUGCGUUCUGGUCCGGUCUACAAUCAGGCCAGGUCAUUUUAUGGCCCAUGAUCACCCCUAG